GAAUUCAGAAAAACUGGAUCAGGGGCCGAGGAGGGGAGAAAACUGCUUUCUGCUCACUCUUGGGUCACUUUUAUUGGAUUUACUCCCGGGUCCACACCAACAUGCCAUUUGCCAAACGACUCGUGGAACCUCAGUUACUGUGCAGGUAUCAAACCCCCAACGAGCAGGGUGCGCUUUUCGAGGAUCUGGUCUCCAUCAAUAAUGUGGCUCUGUCUCGGACCUUGCGGCAGCUGUCGGACCUGGCCAAACAUGCCUGCUCCAUAUUCCAGGAGCUGGAAAACGAGCUCACAUCCACCAGCCGGCGGGUCAUCGGGCUGCAGAGUAAGAUUAACCAACUCCAGCAGACCUGCUCCGAGCUGGAUCCCAAACAGGAGGCAGUGCCGGUGUCGAACCUGGAUGUGGAGAGUAAGCUGACAACGCACUACCAAGCUCCCUGGCACCAGCAGAGGAACGUUUUCCACCCAUCCACACGGCCAACAUGUGUAGAAGAGCUCCACAGGGAAGCCAGCUUCAGCCUGUGGGCCCUGCACCAAGAUCACCAGCAGAGACGAUCAGGUAGCAGGGAACGCAGAGUCACCAUCUCCAUCUCGGCUGUGCCCCCGAUGCCCAUGUACCCCUCCCCAAACACCAUCCAGAGGCAAAAGAAGAAAAGCGGAAAUUUGACAACGCCAGAGAGGCUUGUUAGAGAUGCUACAACACAGUUAGCACAAACGCAGUUUGACACCACUCGCUCCUCCUCCCCUACCGAAUGUUGCCGCUUCACUCCCUGGAGCAGAAAGGUACUGGCUGCACCCUCUGACCCCGAUUCUGACGGGGUGGCUCUAGGUCAGCGGUCUAAGUUUCCCAUCCCUAACAACCCAUCCACCCUGGACAAGCAGACUAACUGGUCUAAAGCACUACCGCUGCCCACACCAGAGGAAAGAAUGAAAAGCCAUUCCCAAGUGAUCACCUCAUGUGUCAUCCCCAUUAAUGUGACCGGGGUUGGCUUUGACAGAGAUGCUAGUGUGCGCUGCUCCCUCGUUCACUCGCAGUCUGUGCUUCAGAGGAGGAGGAAGUUGAGGAGACGGAGGACUGUCGCCGGCGUUCCCAGACAGGUGCAGCAAGAUUUAGACUCCGAUGACUCUCCUGGUUCCAGAGAACGGACAGUGAUAGUUCAUGCCAGCCCAGAUAUCACUCCCUCCAACGAGGAGCUGGCCAGCCAUCUCAACACCAGAGACUCAGGUUGCCAGACAGAAGAAUUUUUGAUAUCAGGAGCCCCGUCUCGGAGGAGGAUAAGGGGCCAGCGAGGCCAAGGAGUCCCGCUUUCCCUCUCCUACUCUGCAGGCAACAUCUCCUCUCUGAAGGACAGCUCUGACGCCAUGUUCACUGCCUCCGUGGGCGCACGCCUGCGCUCCCGCAGCCUGCCCCGAGACGGGAGCCGGAUGAUGGGCAAUGGCCACAAUGACAGUGAUGAUGAGGAGGAGCUAUCCCCUUUUGACACCGAGGACUUCUUGCCUGGACCUGGGGAGCGGAUUCUGAAGGAUGAAGGGGAAAGCACAGAUGAUCAGGCCAUGUCCAGCCGUCAGCUGGGGAGCCUGAAGUACACGCAGCUCUCGGAGAGUCCGGAGCGCAGCUGGAUAGAGAGAACCCGAUCCCAGCUGCCCAGGAAGGUCGACCUGGGCAGCUGUGACAUAUCAUCCAGUUCUGACACCUUCAGUAGCCCAGUACACUCAGUCUCUGCUGCAGGGGUGCUAGUAGGCCAGAUGGACCAUAAAGAUGACCACCAGUCUUCUAGUGGGAACUGGAGCGGGAGCAGCUCUACCUGCCCCUCCCAGACCUCAGAAACAAUCCCCCCGGCAGCUUCUCCACCACUCACCGGCUCCUCACACUGUGACUCUGAGCUCUCCUUGAACACUGCCACUCACACCCACGACGACCAGAGCAGCUUCAUGUUGGACCACUAUCAUGGCCUACGGACCCAGCGGGCAGGCUCCUUCUCCUCCACAGCUAUGGACAUAUUAGAGGAAGUAGGGGUCAGCACUCCCGUCGAGGAGUGGAGCUACCCUCACCCGGACCCUCCCCGCCCACAGGACUUCAGCCCUGAGCCGAGCAGAGAGGCUGAGAGCAGCCUGGGCUGCCCCAGCUACACCAGUAUGGCCACCUGUGAGAGCAGCUUCUCUGACAAGCCAAUGUCGGAGAAAGCAGACACCGUCUCACACUACUCUGUAGACACUGAAGGCUACUACACUUCCAUGCACUUUGACUGCGGUCUUAAAGGUAGCAGAAGCUUCACUUAUAACUAUGCACCCCCCGGCUCUGACUGUGGCCUGUCUGAAAUGAGUCGCCACAUGACUUUUGGGAGACGCUGCCUCUCUUUAAGGAAACCAAAGGCGAAGCCGUCUCCUCCUAAAAGGAGUUCAUCCUUGAGGAAAAUAUGCAGUGAUGGAAACAUCCCCGAUAAGAAAGAACCAAAGAUUACCUGUGGGCAGCAGCUCCCACUGUCUUCCAAGGAGAGGAAACUGCAUGUGGCGUUGUCUGGUUCUCCAGGUCAUAUAGAAAACUCUUCACUAGUCAGAGAGCCUCUCAGGAUCUGGGGGGUCGAGGGCUCGGUCGAUCUACCUGACUUAGGUGUGUUCAGCUCCACAGAUGCACAUUCAUUCAAAGACGAGGGGGUUGUGCAGUCAGACUAUGCAGAUCUGUGGCUCCUGAAUGAUUUAAAAUCCAGCGAUCCUUACCGAUCUUUGUCGAACUCCAGCACGGCGACGGGUACAACUGUUAUCGAAUGCAUCAAGUCGCAGGAAAGCUCUGAGUCUCAGACAUCACAGUCUGGCUCCAGGGCCACCACACCUUCACUUCCAUCAGUGGAGGGCGAGUUCAAGCUAGGGUCCCCGGAGAAAUUAGCAGGUCUGGCCAGCCCAUCCAGUGGCUAUUCCAGUCAGUCAGAAACCCCCACCUCCUCAUUCCCCUCCGCCUUCUUUCCCGGGCCGUUGUCACCAGCCAGUGGCAAGAGGAAGCCCAAAGUCCCAGAGAGGAAGUCGUCUCUUUCGUCGCUGUCUUGUAGGGAUGGAGCCACCUCCAAGAGAGACCUGGAGUUGCCGAUCAUCCCUCCCUCCCACCUCGACUUAAGUGCCCUUCAUAGUGUCGGCAACAAGGUUCCAGCUUACAGGACUCAGUUACAAUUUCCUCACCAAAAUCAGCAAAAAGACACAGUGUCAGCCAAACCUGCGGCACCUCCUCCCUCAGAGGUGUCUAACAUCCCCCCUAUGUCCAUCACACCCACCGUGCUACACUCAGUCCAGCUCCGAUCCAUCAGCAAGGAGCACGAAGGAAGUCACAACGCUGAAAGACUCAAAUGUCCCACUGUGAACUUAACUAGCACCCUUUCCAGCAGUAAACCAUUAGAGCUGAGGAGUCCACUGUAUCACAACUCACAACAACAUCACACGGCAUCGAAGCAGUCAUGUGAAUCAGUGUUUACCUCAAAUGAAGAACUCGAAGAUGGAGGAGUAGCAUGUCAGAGUGAGACGAGGGAGGUUCCUUUAGAGAGCGUGACAGCAUUCAGAGUGCAGUGGGAGCCGCCGACAGAAGUCCCUGAGACCACCACUAGUCACGAAGCAGAAACGUGCAGAGAGUCAGUGGAGACACCUGAAUGCAGCUCGCAGUCUGAGAUUUUACAACCGCAAAGAUCUGAGCCAUCUGAAGAGGAAGAACAUCGUCAAAUAAAACCAGGCCAACCCUCUUUUCUGCACAGUUCACCCAAGAGAACCAACAGUCUUGAUAAAGUGCCUGCUACUGAUGGUCAGUCUGAGACGCUACAAGCAAGUCCAAUCAGUAAUGAAGGUAGCAAGGAAGAAUCUGAGUCAUCAGGUGUUUCAGCCGAAAGUGCCUCUCAGGACAGCAGGGAGGAGUCCACACCAGAGACAGAGGAUUACUUCAGUAAAGACUCUACACCCAGUGAUAACGUAAUAUCCCCGCUGAGUGAUGAGUCAAAGCCAGAGGAUGACAGUGUGUUUCUAUCACCCAACAAAACUCGGACCACUGAGGACCUGUUUGCUAUGAUACACAGGUCCAAAAGGAAAGUGUUGGGAAGGAAGGAUUCCACCGAGAUGGGUGUGAGAAACCGCCUCAGUGCUGCAUCGGGGAACACACCACCCAGCAGCACUGUGAGCUCCCCAAGCUCAGUGGUGACGCCGCCGCCUGCUGUGACCCCACCGGGCCUACAGAGAGUCUCUGGGCCCAUCUACAGGAACGCAAAGAAGUCCAGCACCUCCAACGAGGAGUUCAAACUGCUGCUGCUUAAAAAGGGAAGCCGCUCUGACUCUAGCUACCGCAUGUCAGCUACAGAGAUCCUCAAGAGCCCCCUCACCCCCAAAUCUUCAGGAGAUUCCAUGCUGGAGUCACCUAGACAAACCGAGGAGCCAGCAUCCCCCCUACAGCAGCAGCAGCAGGAUCAAUCAGGACCAGAUCACAUCUCUAGCCCCUACCCCAAAGCCAACGCAGAGGGCUUCUCCCUGAAAUCCUUCCAUAUGUCUGCUGCCUCCAGGCAGGGCCGCUCCAGAAUCCCCCCGCCCGCCAACAGCAGCCGCUAUGGUAUGCGCGGCAGACUGUUCUCAGCGCCCAUGCAGGCAAUCUCUGAGGGCGAGACAGAGAACUCAGACGGGAGUCCUCAUGAUGACCGCUCAUCACAGGGCUCCACGUAGAAUACAGGGUCCACCUCAAACUGUGGUCCAGUAUGGGGAAAGAAA